AUGAGUACCGAAGACAGAGCGAACAUAUUCACUGACGACGAUGAAGACUUGCGUCCACGACAGCAGAGUUUGGGAGGAGUGUUACGCCGCGAAGGUAAUUGGAAGUGCUUCAUGCUGACCCUCAUGAUCGCGGGGUGCCUAGGCUCCGUCGCUUGGUGCAAUACAGCUGAGAUCGAUCGAGACCUCAUCGAUUUUAGCAAGCACCCCAUCAAGCGAACGGUACGCGAGUCACCCUGCGACGUUGGAUACGCAUACAUUCCUAUUGCGUUCGUAUUAUUAUUAUAUUUGGUCUAUUUGGUCGAGUGCUAUCAUAGCACUGCCAGGAUCCAGCUGACGAAGAGAGUUGACGUGGCUGCAGUAUCUGCAAGGGUUCAUGCAAUGAGGAAUGCCACUCCAAGGGUUUGGUGGAAAGCGAUAUGCUAUCACUACGUUCGUCGAAAACGCCAAGUCACCCGAUACCGCAACGGAGAUGCCUACACAACAACUCAGGUGUACUACGAGAGAGUGAACACGCACAGCGCCAGUACAUCAUUUGCGCACGCCUGUUGUGGACAACGUGACGCCUCCAGGAAUCUCGUGCUGGACACCAAGACGCCCAUCACCAAAGUCCGGUUCAGCAAGGGUUUCGCUUUCGCCAACAUCGAAGCUGCCAGUGAAUUCGAGGACCAGCGUUCGAGAUUUUUCGCGGAACAUGAAAGAUUCGAUGAUUUCAUGGAGAUGAGGGAGGGAUUAGACUUAAUUGGAGUGAGUUCGUUCAAGGAAUACAUGGUAGCUUACAGAGACGCCGACCACUGUCCAUGGUAUUCAUCACAGAUUCUCUUCUGGACACUGUCUUGUCUUCUGUUGUCGUGGCCUCUGAGAAUUCUAAUAGAAUGUAACACUGCCUAUGUCCAUUACACAAUAACGAAAAUAUUUGGAACAAAUUACGAAUUAGAUCCAAGUCGUCAGCUCGAUAUAGACACUCACGUUUCGGAUACAUUGCCGCCUGUUACCGCUACGAAUUACGCGUGGGCCCUAGCGGACGAGCAAUGUACACCACUCCGCUCGGCACCGCGCCCUGUCAGGACAUUACCCUUGUCUCACGCCUCCACUGUAGACAGCUUAGAACUAUUCGCAGCCAUCCGAGGAAAUUGUGCCUUAGUACCAUCAUACUCUGAAGCGAUGCGUAUAGACGCAGCUCUGAGGGAGGGUAUUAAUGAAAAUGCAAAUAGCGUACUAGUUGAUAUUGAAAAUGAAACGCGACCGAACCGGCCAACUGUCAAGGCCUUGUCGUUUGAUGAGCCGCCGAGGAGGCCGCGGGCUGGUAUAGCCAGCACGCAUUCCAGUUACAACAUCAGCUCGAACACACGCACUGAUGAAGCGAAACAGCAGAACAGACGUUCAUGGGCCGGUGUUUUAACAACAGCUCGCAGUGCUCGACAAAUCAUAGAAGACUUCAGAUCGUCGAACCAGUCCAGCUAUCAACAGCUGAAUGAGGCUCGAAGCACCAACGGGGAGCCGACGCUAUAUUACUCAACGGAGUUGUCGCCGACCUGCUCGAGAGACCCUUUCGGUGGUCGAUCGCAAACAACUCCGACGGACGAGCCUCCGUCGUACGAGGAAGCGCUGAAGCUACCGGCUCUGCGAAAGCUGACCAGGUCCAUAACUGGUACCGAUCUAGCUGGUUCCAGGAGAGCGUUCUUGAGAGAUGUUGUCGCAAACAGACGUUCGUGCUUAGAAGGAGUCGGGGUUUUAGCUGAAGCCAAAGUGGUCAGGUUGUCUUGCACUGAAGGCGAAGAAACACAUCUAUAGCGCUUUUUGAAUCGCCUAACUGACUUAUGGUGCAUAGUUUAGUGUAAAAACUAAAAAUUCAAAAGUGACACAAGCUGAUAUAAUAAUAGUGUUUGUGAUGUAUUUACAAGCUUUGAGUUUGUCGAAGCGUUCGAAAGAGCUUUGCAUUUAAUAUUGUAGCAAGUAAAUGUGUUUGUUUAAGCUGUAUAGAUUAAUGAAAAUACACCAAUAAUAUUAAUUAUAAGGUAAAGUAUCUUCAGUGAGAUUGGUACCAAAAAUAAUAUUCUAAGGGAUAUUCAUUCGGUCUUGUAUUUAUAAUGAAUACAAAGAAUUGUAUAAAAAACAAAAGAUGUUCGCAAAAUUUGUGUAUUUAUUGUAGCAGCUUUUAUAAUGAAGGAUUAAUUAAUUAAGGAAAAAUCGUUCGAACGAAACGUGUUGUAGAUAGACGGUCAUAAUUAGAAAAUAACAAUUGGGUCUUUUGUUUAAAAUUAUACCCCGUCGGAAAUGUUAUUAUGAGAACAAAUUUUCUGAAAUUUCAUUUCUAAUUAAAAUAAUAAGACUUCAUAAUUAUAUUUUUGGCAGUGAACAAUCAUUGAUUCAGUCUACAGGACCAUUUCCUCUGUUUGAUUUUCUUCAAUAUUUUAUAAUAAAUACCUCUAAAAAUAAGUAUUUUUUGUUAGAACCACUUCAAAAUCCGUUGUAAAAAAGCAGCAAUGAUUUGAAAUACAUAAGAAGAUUCAUCUACCCGCACGGGUUUACAAUACGUCCUAAACUGAAGUGAUGUUUGCUAUUGUAACCCGAUUCGUUCUUAUAUUACACUUAUUAUUUACUAGCAGCCCUCUAUAUUUGACGUUGUUUUAUUUUUUUAAAUGAAAGAACACCU